AUGACAUCUCGAACUUAUCCUGUUAAACGUCCAGUACAAUUUGAAUAUGAAACUUUGCCUGAAGAUUUCAGGAAGCUAAAUAUUCAUUAUCGAAUUUGUCAGAAAUUCUGUCCGAAAUCGUUUGUUUAUUAUUUUAAUUGUUUAUCAUAUUGCAUAUCUAUUUAUUUUCUUCUUAAUAGUGAUGAUGAAGACGUUUGUGUAUGCAAUCAAAAAAGAGGUUUUCAUAAAGACCAAACAGGUCAAAAAGGAGACAAAUGGAAUAUAUCGAUCCAUACGAAAACAAUACUCAACGAACAAUAUUUUGGUACACUCUAUGAGAACGCUUCAUAUGUUCGUCUUGAUAUAGAGACACCACUAGCUACAGUUGCAAAACUUCUUUUACAAUUUUGGAAAAUUCCACCACCGACUUUGAUUAUGUCAAUUAUUGGUGGCGCAAAAUAUUUUAAAUUAAACGAUCGACUUGAAUCAAAUGUUAUUAAGGGUAUAAUGAAUGUUGCUGCUAAAUCAAACGUAUGGAUGAUUACAACUGGAUAUAAUGCUGGUAUUGUUCAACUUAUUGGACAAGCAAUUAGAAAAGUUAAAUCAAAAUAUCCAGACCGAAAGAUGACUGCUAUUGGUAUUGGUAAAUGGGGAACUCCUGUUGUCACUAUCGUAGUUGAAGGUGGCUUUGAUACUAUAGCAAAUAUAUAUAAUGAUUUAAAAAACAAUAUUCCUGUUGUUAUUAUUAAUGGUAGUGGUCGCGUGGCCGAUAUUUUUAGCCGUUGGUUAUUGCGUGCAAAACACUUCGAAAAUGAUUUUGCACAAGGUAAAGUGCCAUAUGAAAUCGAUGAAUUAAAUAGAAUAAGUGAAGAUACAGAAGAGAUUUUAAAUAAUGAAAAACUAAUAAGAUCGAAAAAAAGCAAAUAUAAGAAUGAACUUGAAGAAGAUUUACAAAGUAUUUUAUCUCAUGACGAUGGUUCAAAUCAGAAAAAACAUUCAAAAUCAGACACCAAACGUAAUGAUUCUGAUGAAAACAUAAAACGUGCAGUUGAUCAAAUUAUGUAUUGUCUACAGCCAGCUGUUCGUUCUCAAAUAACCGUAUUUAACUUAGGUUCAGAAAGUGAUUUAUCCGAAACAAUUUUUGAAAGUAUUUGUAAAUCAUUUGAAAGAUCAUCAAAAGAUGAUGACGACGAACAAAUUAAACAAACACCAUUUCUUAAAUUAGCAAUGGAGUGGAAUUGUAUACAUGUAGCUAAGGAAUUUGUUUUCCAAAAUUCAUUAGAUAAUAUUCCGGAUCUAGAAGAAGCUUUUCUAGAAGCUUUACGAAAGGAUUUACCAUUAUUUGUCUAUGAAUUUCUCAAAUUAGGAAUUGAUCCAGCUGAUAUAUUCUUUCCAUCAAACCAAUUUAUUAAAGGAAUUGAUCGAUAUGAAAAGUUUAUCACAAAGCUUUACAACGAGGAUGAAUUAGAGAAUGUCGAAACUCAUUUAAAAUAUUUUAUCGACAUUAGUGGAGCUGAUACUGGCAAAAAAAUUGAUUCUGUUGAAUCGCUUAAUACAGUUCUUGAGAAUCUUAUUGGUGAUUAUAUGCAUAAGCUCUAUUUUAGAGAUGAAGAAGAUGAAGAAAAAGAUCGAAUAAAAUGCGGAUUAAUGCAAAAUUCUGCACAAUCAAAAAAGGAUACAAUUAGAGAUACUGAAAAUAACAAAUUUUCAUCCAUUGUACAAAAAAAACAAAAAGCAAAGAAAUAUAUAAUGCGUGAUUUAUUUUUAUGGGCUGUCCUAAUGAAUCGUAUUGAUAUGGCGAAAAUGUUUUUAUUUCAGUUGAAAUAUCGAAUAUGUCCAGCAUUGAUUGCAACAAAAAUUUUAAAAAAAUAUUAUUCGAUAGCACUUUAUGGUGAAUUAAAAGAUAGGUAUGAAGAAAAUAUUAAAUAUUUUGAACAAUAUGCAAUCGAUUGUCUCGAUAAAUGUGAUGAUCACGAUGCAGAUCGAGCUUGUGAACUUGUUAUACAACAAAAUGAACUUUAUGGAUAUGUUACUUGUCUUCAAGUUGCUUCUGGGGCGAAUGAUGAACGAUUUAUUGCAGCACCAGCUUGUGUACAAGGUAUGAAUAACAUUUGGUAUGACAAACUUUAUCCAGAACAAAAAUCUAUGACGAAUCAAUUAGCUUUGUUUAUUGGUUUUAUUUCACUUGGUCUUAUGGCUCCUAGUUUUGUUAAAUAUCGGGAAAACGAAAAGGAUUUAGAAGUUGGUGAAUCUCCUAAACUGAAGUUAGAACUACAUGGCAUAAAUUAUAGCGAUCCAUAUCCGCUUGAAUAUCCUCGUUAUUUCAAAACAAAGCUUACACUCAAUCAAUAUACACAUCACUUAAUACAUUUCCAUUCAUCGUUACUGAUAAAAUUUUGUUAUCAUUUGAUAUUUUAUCUUUUUUUUCUUUUACUCUUCUCGUAUGUUCUUUUGUUCAAUUUCUCGCCACCAAAAGCUCAAAGUCCAUCAAUACAUUGGACUGAAAUAUUAACAAUUAUUCUUGUGUCAUGCAUGUUAAUAGAAGAAACUCAUUGUUUUUUCACUCAAGACAAUUUAACUUUUUGGGGAAAAUUAAAAAAAUUUUUUCGUGAUUUUUUAAAAUCAAUGACUGCUCUCGCAUUUAUUCUUUUCUACAUUGGAUUAAUUCUACGAUUUAACUAUGCAGAUUCUGAAGAAAAAUUUAUUGUAGCUAGAGCAAUCAUGGCUUACGAUAUUGAACUAUGGUGGCUUCGUUGCUUAUCAUUUAUUAUUGUUAUACCGUAUCUUGGACCACAUCUUGUAGCUAUUGGAAAAAUGCUUCAAGAUCUUUUAUUUUUUACGAUUAUCAUUGCAAUUGUUAUGAUUGGUUAUGGUGUUGCAUCUCGUUCUAUGGUUUAUUUUCCAACAGUAAACGGUUUUGCAAUACCAGCAGGUGGUUCUAUAGAUAAUAGUUUUGAUGGUAGAAGUGUUUUUCGUUAUAUUGCAUAUCCUGUUUAUUAUUUAUUAUAUGGAAACGUUGGUGAUGAGAGAAUGAAUCUUGAUAAUAAUCCGGAUGCUGGAUGGUCAAUUUCAAAUCAUGUAUUGCUUGCUAUUCAUAUGUUAUUUGUUAAUGUUUUACUUACUAAUCUGCUUAUUGCAAUGUUUAGUAAACGAUUUGAUGAAGUUCAUGAGGAUACAAUAAAUAUUUGGUAUUCACAACAAUAUUUAUUUACACGUGAAUAUUUUGCACGCUCACCAUUUAUACCACCAAUAAGUCUUAUUUAUGAUAUUUAUUAUUUGAUUCGUAUGUUCGUCUUUUUUAUACGACGAAAUAUAUUUGAUAAAUCAUUAGAUCGUGAAGCUAAAGUAUUCAGAAUGAUUGCGAAAAAUAAAGCUCUACUAGAAGAGUGGCGUGAAUUUGAAGGUGCAUCAACGUAUGAAUAUGCUCAUGCACAAAUAAGAGCAUUGAAAGAUGCAUCAAAAAAGUCAUCAAAUGGAUCAGCUUCAUCCACUAAAGAAAAAAAAGAAGAUAAGACGAAAAAUCAUAAUCAAAUAAAUGAAGAUAUGGAAAAUUUAAAAGAAGUACAAGAUAAUGUAUCAAAACUAAGUUCAACACUUGGAGAAAUGAAAAUAAGAUUUACUACUAGUUUUACGUAA